AGCUGACUGUUUGGGUGCAACAGCUACACGUUUGUCUCCACACUCUCUUUAUGAGGGCCAGCUUUGAGUGAGCCACCACUGCAUUGCUUUCUGCUGCACUCGCUCAAGGGUGAGCGACUGAUGAGUGAGUAGCGGAGAGGAAUACACUAGAGUUGAGAGGAAAAGAGAGGGAAUGGAGAAGGCACUAACUAGAGUGAGCAGCUUAAAAGUUGGGAGCUCUUGGAUCUCAAAGAAAGCCAAGGAAGAGCUCUCUAACAUUUCUGAAGACAUCACUACUUUCUCGAAUACAGUUGAAGAGAAAGCAAAAUGGAUUUUCAACAAGCUGAAAGGAAAGCCACUCAAAAGCUUGCCAGAUCUGCUCCGAGAGUACAACUUACCACCUGGUCUCUUUCCCCAGAACAUAAUCUGUUAUGAAUUUGAUGAGUCAAAGGCAAAGCUGAUUGUGUACUUGCCUUCUGUAUGUGAGGUCAGCUUCAAGGACUCUUCUGUAUUGAGGUAUGCAACUCGAGUAAAAGCUAUCCUCAUGAGAGGAAAGCUCACAGGUAUAGAGGGAAUGAAGACGAAGGUCCUUGUAUGGGUUAAGGUCACAAGUGUGGCAGUUGAAGGCUACAAGUCUGAUAAGGUGUGGUUUACAGCCGGUGUCAAGAAGUCCAGGCCUAGAAUUGCAUAUGAUGUCCCACAGCCUGCUGUCAGAGUAGAUGAAUUUUGAGUUUAACAUACUUUCAUCAUCUGAUGAUGAAAAAUUACUAGUAAUUUUUUGGCAGAUUAAGCAUAACAUCAUGGUCUUUUUUUCUCAUUUCCAAAUGCUUAUAAUCAAAUACUCUGCUAUGAAUAUAAAAUUCAAAAUUUAAUUGCC